GAGAAACCUGCCCUCCCCCUCCCCCGGGCCCAUCGCGGGAGACCAACACCAGCUUCCCCGCCGUGGAGAAGGCCUAGGUGUGUUCUCAUCUCUUCCCUCAUAAUUUUCAUCUCUGUAUUUUCACUCUCUAUUUUGAGAUAUUUCGUCCAGUCAGCUUUGGCACGGAGGGUUUUUAAGCAGAUGAGGAAACUGAGACCCAAAGAGAGACAGUAACUUGCCCAGGGUCACCUCCAACAUGCAGACUCCCGUGAUGCUGUCUCUGCUGCUUGUGUCCAUGGGCCUCAUGGAGGCGCUCCAGGCCCAGAGCCACCGCAUCACACGACGAGACCUCUUCUCUAAAGAAACUCCCUUGGACAUGGCCCCAGCCUCCUUUGACGACCAGUACGUUGGCUGUGCGGCAGCCAUGAUGGCUGCCCUCCCGGAUCUCAACUACACGGAGUUCCAGGCCAACAAAGUGUACGCUGACGGCUGGGCGCUGGCAAGCAGCCAAUGGCGGGAACGCCAGGCCUGGGGGCCAGAGUGGGGCCUCAGCCCUACCCGUCUGCCCCCGCCGCCCCCCGGCUUCCGCGAUGAGCACGGGGUGGCCCUCCUGGCCUACACAGCCAACAGCCCCUUGCACAAGGAGUUCAACGCAGCCGUGCGCGAGGCAGGCCGCACCCGGGCCCACUACCUCCACCACUUCUCCUUCAAGACGCUCCAUUUCCUGCUGACGGAGGCCCUGCAGCUGCUGAGCAGGCGCCAGCGUUCGCCCCGGUGCCACCAGGUGUUCCGCGGGGUACAUGGGCUGCGCUUCCAGCCAGCAGGGCCCGGGGCCACCGUCAGGCUGGGGGGCUUUGCCUCCGCAUCCCUGCAGAACGUUGCAGCCCAGCAGUUUGGUGAGGACACCUUCUUUGGCAUCUGGACCUGCCUUGGGGCCCCCAUCAAGGGCUACUCCUUCUUCCCUGGGGAGGAGGAGGUGCUGAUCCCCCCCUUCGAGACCUUCCAGGUGAUCAAUGCCAGCAGACCGGCCCAGGGCCCCGCCCGCAUCUACCUCCGGGCCCUGGGCAAGCGCAGCACGUACAACUGUGAGUACAUCAAAGACAAACAGUGCAAGUCUGGGCCCUGCCGUCUGGAUAACUCAGCCAUGGGUCAGGGCCCCCCUUCUGCAUUCUGGUCCCUUCUGCUGCUGCUCUGGUUCCUUGUGGUGGGGGCCUUUCCAGAGAGCACAGGCCUCUGACCCCUCAGACACUGGACAGCUCUGCCACCGCCUCUGCCUGAUGUGAGGAUGUCGGCCACGUGUGCGCUUUAAGUGUAGCCAAGAUCCAUGGUAACUCCAUCUGCAGGUGACUCUGGGACCUUCUCUGGCAGCUGCCAGGCCUGCUGGUGGAGGAGGAGGAGAAUUUGGGACUGAGCCUUACCCAGGGCUGUAGGAGUGAGAUGCUGAAUAGAGGUGGGGGGACUCCA